CUGACACCGCCCACACCACCGUUUCACACAAAAAAAAAAAAGACAAAAAUUCUACAAAUCCAAACAGACCAUCCCCAAAUUUCAAAGCAUUCACUCGGAAAACAACACAACUCUCUUCUUCUCAGAAAUCAAUCCAAAAUCACCAAAAACAAUUCCAAAACUUUCUCUCUCUCUUUCCUCUCUGGUUCACCGGUUUAGACAAUUCAACCUAUGAUUUUCUGUCCAUGGCAUGGAUGGUAACGAGUUAAUUUCCUCAAUCUCAGUCCCAACGAAUUUCAAUUGCUUGCUUCACACUGGAUCUGGAUUUGAAGUCUCUGUCACAAUGCAUUUGAACCGACAGGUGACGACAUGACUGAAGUAGUCCUAUUGUAUUUCAGCGAAUUAGGGUUUUUCUUGGCUUUGGUGGUUGAAACUGACAUGGGCUGUGGAGGGUCUAAGCUGGACGAUUUCCCAUUGGUGAUACGUUGUAGGGAAAGAAAAGAGCUAAUCAAAGCCGCCGCCGACCACCGGUACGCCCUGGCAGCCGCUCACAUCUCCUAUUUCCGGUCAUUGAAGGACGUCGGCGAUGCCCUUCGGACAUUCGUCGAGGAAGAGCUUGAAAGUGCCUCCCCUUUAGAUUCCCCUGUAUUAACAUUGCCAUCUGAUGAAGGAAAGAGUACGAAGAAGAAAAAUAUCGAUACAUUUAGUGGUGGAAGUCAUAAGAAAAGCUCGUCUUCGGAUUCUUCAAUGUCGCAUGUUCAUUCGGUGGAUGAUAAUGCGCAUUUGCAUUUGUCUUCUGAUUCGGAGGAUUCUGGUCAUAUUCUCAUACAUGAUAGUGAUGAUACUUCAGAAGGUGAAGGACCAAAAUUUUCGCCAAUUCCUCAUGCAGAUUGGGCUCCUUAUGGAAUGAAUCAACCUCCUCAAACAGCUUGGGAUCCUUAUGGAUAUGGAGUGAAUCCACAGUCUCAGAACUGGGGACAAUAUGGAGGGAGUUCAAGUUCAUAUGCAUAUUAUAUGAAGAAGUCUGCCCCAGUGGCACGUACCGUAAUUCAUGAGGCUGAGCCUCAGACGUCAGCUGCUGAAUCAUCUUAUGUGUAUUCGACCUCAUAUUCGAAUUAUCCUUAUGGGAAUGGGGGAUUUUUUGGGCUCCCGCCGCCUCAGGAUCCUUAUGAGAAUCGGCAGCCACGUCCUCCACCUGGUCCUCCUCCGCCUCCGUCACCAAAGGUCUCCAGUUGGGACUUUUUGAAUCCGUUUGAUGCGUUUGAUACUGGGUACACUGGUUAUUAUUCGCAGGGGACAUAUGGGUAUGGGUCGAUUGCUAGUAGUCCAGAUUCGAAUGAAGUGAGAGAAAGGGAGGGUAUUCCUGAUUUGGAAGAAGAAACAGAGAUCAAGGCCUAUGGGGACAUUUACAAGGGGAAGAAGGUGAAUGAAGAUGUUAAGAAAAGUUCAGGUGAGAGAGCAAGAGCUGUGCCACCACAAAAUAGUGACGGCAGUUCAAGGGCAGUACCAUCUCAGCCAAGUGAGGGCAAUUCAAGGCCAGGACCACCACAAAAUAGUGAGUCCACACAAUCAGUUGAUGUGAAUGAAGAAAAGAGCAGUCCUGAUACAAUUGUAUCAAUGAGCACGGAAGAUGGCAUAGCAAGGAAGAAGCGGGUAAGUUUUGAGGUAGAGGAGGCAUCGAUGAAUGAUGCUGAAUCCUCAAAGUUUAGUAGUUUAACCAUAUUGUCCACUCCUGGAACUCGGGAUCUUCAGGGGGUUGUUAGUGAAAUCAGGGAUGAAUUUGAGAUUGCCUCUAGUCAUGGGAAGGAGGUUGCACUGAUGCUUGAGGUUGGCAAGCUGCCUUAUCAGCCUGGGUUCGCAAAAGUAAUCUUAUCAAGAAUUCUGUACCUGAUAGCACCUUCCCUGUCAUCUGCACGUCCUCAGUCAAGGCGGUCAAUGGGAUUGGCUUUGAGAACAAUGAAAUUGGCAAAAUCUUACUAUGGGGAGACUGGGAAGGAAAUUAAUGUGAAGCCUAUUAACCUUUCAUCUACUUUGGAGAAGCUGCAUGCAUGGGAGAAGAAGCUAUAUAAGGAAGUUAAGGAUGAGGAAAGGCUUAGAGUAAGUUAUGAAAAGAAGUGCAAGAAACUGAAGGUUUUGGAUGACCGAGGAGCAGAGACUAGUAAGCUUGAUGCAACGCGGGCUUCAAUUAGAAAGUUGUUGACAAAACUCAAUAUUUGUAUCAAAGCUAUUGAUGCUAUAUCAAUCAGGAUACACAAGCUGAGGGAUGAGGAGUUGCAGCCUCAAGUCACUGAGUUGAUCCAAGGACUAGUAAGAAUGUGGAAGUCCAUGCUCAAGUGUCACCAGAAGCAGUUUCAAGCUAUCAAGGAGAGUAAAAUUCGAAAUUUGAGAGCAAACAGUGGCUCUAGAAGAGAUACUAGCUUGAGGGCUACUCUUGAACUCGAAAUGGAGCUCCUUAGAUGGUGCAACUGUUUUAAUGAUUGGAUUAACACUCAGAAGUCCUAUGUUGAGUCCUUAAAUGGGUGGCUUCUGCAGUGCCUUGAUUAUCAGCCAGAAGAAACCCCCGAUGGACCUGUUCCCUUCUCGCCGGGCAGGAUUGGAGCUCCUCUGAUUUUUGUAGUUUGCAACGAUUGGUAUCAAGCUAUAGAAACAAUUUCAGAAGCUGGGGUGGCAAAUGCAAUGCGUAAUUUUGCUUCGAGCUUGCGACGCUUAUGGGAGAGACAAGAUGACGAGCAGCGCCAGAGACUGAAAGCAGACUACAUUUCGAAGGAUUUUGAGAAACGGCUAAGAACACUUCAGAUGGAGAGAGGAAGAAUGAAACAUCAGCAGGAUACAAUAUCAGGAAAAACUGGGGUGUCAAUUGUUCCAUCUGAACGUGGAGUUUCGCCAUUGGAUGAUCUAAAGGUAGAUUUGGAUUCGAUAAAAGAAAGGUUGGCCGAAGAGAAAGCAAGACACAAAGAGGCUGUGAAAUUAGUGCAUGAUGCAGCUUCUAGUAGUUUGCAGGGAGGUUUGGUACCUAUUUUCAAGGCUUUGGAGGAAUUCACUUCAGCGGCGUUGAAAGCUCACGAGCAAAUUAGGACAAGAAAUAACGGGCAGAGCUAAUAAGGGAAGGUAUAUUUUUAACUCGGAAAUGAGCUGGUUUCUUUCAUGAAAGAUUCCUGUUUUAAGCAGCCAGGGCGGUGGUAGGAUCAGCUACAGUUAACAGUGAUGAAAUCAGGAUAGAAAGAACGAGAAUUAAAUUUGAGUCGAGAACAUCAUCGAAAAGAUGUUGAAAACAAAAGGGGUUGUGGAACCACUUCUAGAGAGCAUGCAGGUUGGCAGAAGAUGAAGUGUUCUCUCGUUCAAAAAUUUGGUAGAAGAACAAAGGUGGUGUUUUAGAAGUUGUAGUUGGAACGAUUGACAAGCAUUCGUUCACUUCAUCGAGACGUCGCAGAUUCGAGUUGUGGAAUCAGACUCAAAAGGGUUGCUUACUGAUAUUUCUCUCAGAUCCCACCAUCUUGUGCUUUUCAUAAAGGUGGUGUUUUGUAUUUUGGUUUUGCUACAACCCCAAGUACAUAGGUAGGACUUUGUACAGAAAUUCUUUGAUUUGUUAAUUGGUUGGUGGUGUUUUGUAUUUUGGUUUCACUCGUGUUAUUUUCGUGUCGUAUCACUUUCGGUAUAUGUCGGG